GUACACCUGCACCACCUUUCCGCACCGGUUGUCAUUGCAUCCUAACAUUAUCGCGGCUGUCAGAAGAUCCAUCAUCAUGGCCAAGUCAUCGAAUCACAACAGUAGCACCCGAAAUCAGUUGCAGUGUACACUCGACAAACAUCCCCAGGCUAGCGUGCUUGCCAGUUGUUACAGCGUCAAGUCAUCCACUUCCGUGAUCGAUAGUUUCCACUACUGCACUACCGCGGGGGCCGGUACGAUACCCCUUUCCGCAAUCGAUCGGACACAGUGGUAUCCCUGAGGUCCCUUCGGGGUCAAAGACAUCUCCAAGUCCUCCCUUUGGACUCUCCAUCGCUCCAGGCAUGGGGGUUAGUUGGCCGGGCAAUAUAUUACCGGAAUAUAAAGGGGAGGCAAUGCAUACUAUCCCGGAAGAGUGUGAGAGGCUCUUCUGUGACACAUUGUCUGCGAUCUUCCUUGGUGAGAGGAGCUUCGCUGGACAAGAGUCACUUGGGGUAGGUGCGUCUCAAAGCCGGCCGAACAAUAGUAUGCCGAUUGAACAGUGGUUUGAGCUGUUGGAUUACACCAGCGACACUAUACACCGUGGUUUUGUAACCAAUGCGAGCGGUGAACCAACCUUGUUUGUUUUCCUUGCAGAGAACGCACUCGGUCACGGUCUGAAAACAGGGUUAAUUGCCCUGUUUGAACUUGCUAAUAUAUCUGCUUUUGGGUGCCCCCGAAUUGUGGCAUGUGUACCCCGUUCGCACGAUGCAGUUGAACUAGAAGCUGUACGGAACCUCGGUUGGUGCGGAUUCAGUUUGACUACUUUGCAACCGUGGAGUGGUGCAAGAGACGUCGAACGCUCGCUUAGCACUAAAUGGCUUUUCUUGGAUGCGGAG